AUGUCCGCAGACACCAUGCGCGCCAUCCUCAUCCACGAGAUCGGCGGCCCUGCCGUUCUCAAGCUUCAACAAGUCCCUAAACCUGCACCACGAACAGGCCAGGUACGCAUUCGCGUCAAAGCUUUUGGCCUGAACCGCUCCGAGGUCUUCACGCGCCAAGGUCACUCCCCAGGUGUGACUUUCCCACGGAUUCUGGGUAUUGAGGCUGCGGGCGUCAUCGACGAGGCUCCAGACUCAGACUUUCAUCCAGGAGAUGUGGUUGUCACGGCUAUGGGCGGGAUGGGGCGCAGUUUCGAUGGCGGAUACGCCGAGUAUACCGUGGUGCCAGCCAGCCAGGUGCGACGCGUCAACACCACGGCUGCGUUUGGAGCCGGCCAUCCUGUGCGCUGGGAGUUGCUCGGUGCACUGCCAGAGCUGAUGCAGACGGCAUGGGGUUCGCUGUACACGAGCUUGCAGCUCCAGGCUGGUGAUAAUCUAUUGAUCCGCGGCGGGACGACGGGCGUGGGGCUAGCAGCUGCAGCAUUGGCAAAGGCAAAGGGUGUGCAGGUUACGGCCACAACACGGAAACAGGAGCGAGUUCCGGCUUUGCAGGCGCUGGGCAUCGAAGAUGUCAUUAUUGAUAACGGAUCGAUUGCUGCAGAAGUGCAGAAGCGCGCACCAUUCAGCAAGAUCUUGGAAUUAGUCGGUGUGACAACACUGGAGGACUCGUUGAAGUGUGCCUCUCCUGGAGGAACGGUGUGUAUGACUGGCGUCGCGGGAAAUAAGUGGUCGUUUGACCAGUUCACGCCAUUUGCAUCAAUCCCCUCGAGUGUUCGGUUGACCACGUAUGCAGGCAAUGCGGAAGCCCUACUGCAGACUCCAAUUGAAGAGAUCACGCGGGAUCUUGUCGAUGGAAAAAUGCAGCUGCCCAUCAAGACGUUUCCUAUGGAUGAAAUCGUCGAGGCACAUAGGCUGAUGGAGGAGGACGGGGCAUUGGCCAAGGUGGUCAUGUUGAUUUAA